CUAAGUCGGUUGGUUUGGUAUUUACCAACCCUUACUGCAGAAAGCUUCAGAGCACUAGGAAAAACAGAAGCAAAAACUGGAAACUUACCUCAACAUGGAUCCACCGUGGAGCAGCGAUGCUUGCACGAAAAUCAUCAAAUGUUGGAAUCGGAUCGAUAUCGAAGGCAUCUGGACGGCUCAAUACGCUCUGCGUUGCUGUUAUGGUUUUUGAACAACACAGAAAGAAAAUGCUGGUAAGUGUUUUCUGAUUCAUUCAUUUCAACAGCGAUGAUAUCGUACUGUAAAUAACAUGUCGGUUUGUUGCUGCAGAAUGGCCUUCUGACUGACCUAUCACGUUAUUGAGUUGGUUCAUGGUGUAAUCCACGCUGAAAUAGCCCGUGACAUCUUUUCCAUUUACCUUGUACGUUUUAGUUUUGUUGGGGUACUCGACCGCUAUGCUGGUUCCUUCACUGAGGUCGAGAUUUGCCACGCAGAUUCCGACCUUGUCCAUUGUUAUUUGUAAAUUGCAGAGCAGAAUCAGUUUUGGGUAUAGUGCAGCAAUUGCAUUCGCCGUUGGAGUCGAUUGUGGGUAUAACCCCGAGAACCCGCCAUGAGCCACCACCUUUGGCUGCUCCCCUGUGGAGAACGGAAGAGGAACAUCAGAGUUUGCCAUACGGAGCUUCCGUUGGCAGCCCCAGCGUCGCCUGGGGGUGGUGCGUCGCCUGAGGGUGCUGCGCUUGCGGCUAAAGUUGCAUGGAUGAACAAUAGAACCAAAAGCAAACUCCUUGUCAUCUUCGUCUGCUAUUCCUUGUUGUGGGGAAAAGAAAGUAUGCAUUGUUAUUUGCAUAUAUAUUGCUUGCCUGUUCCUAAUUACUACGUCUAUCAAACGAUCUCUCCGUAAAAAAUUUCGUCGUUGAUUCGGAAGAAAGCAGGAUCGAGAUUAUGAGUUAUCAUGUCAUGAAAUGAAAUCUUUUGAAAACGAAACUUACUUUCCAAUUUUCUUCAACGUCCACCAGAUGGACGUUCCUUGUCAAGUUUCAACUUCAAACCCCCUGAAACACUGUUUGGGGGGAAUCCAAAUCCUGAGCCAAAAUGCAGGAAAUUUUGUUGGUUUCUUACAGCGAAUCGGAGCUCGAAAAUUGCUACAGAUUGAACAAUGUUCGAAGCUUUCUUCUUCGUUGAUUCUCAGGACAACAUCAUGUAUUCAUAAUAAAAACACUCAUAAAACUUCCGAGGCUUCUUUGAAGAAAUUGAGAGAACAGGAAAGAAAGCGAAUUCUGACUCUCCAGAUUUAUUGCAUUGAAAAUGUGUUGGAAAAUUUUAUUGGGGAAAGAAAAGUAAGAAAUUUACUAUUUUAGA